AUGGUGCAUCCUUCGCUGUCGCUUGUAACAGUCAUUAUUGUUCUGCUUCACUGUGCCUAUGUGGCAAGAGUUGGAGGAUUUGGAAGCACAAAGAAAGCGGAGGUUUGCAGUGAUCCUCAAAAAACGAAGUUGUUGAAACGACGGGCUGACGAUUUCAAAGAGAUGGUCGACAGUUAUAAAAAGUUGAAUGAGAGAUAUGACGAGAGAAUAAACCAUCUUCAAAGAAUUUCGAAAAUAAUAACAGAUGAUAUGAAAGACGCGUUUCCCAGUGACACAAAAAAGAUUGAUCAAUAUGUCGAUUGUAUAAACAGAAAUUACAAAAACUACUACGAACCGGACUUCUUCAAGGUGACGACAGCGUCAUUGCGCGUCCUCUUUGAGGAAUAUGGUGAACUUGUUCCGGACAUAAAAUGGACUUUCCAGCGAUACAAACCCACAUUAGAGGCACAUAAAGAAUGGGCGAAAAGCAGGACAUAUGGACCUGAAUAUAUUGGAUGUGAUGAGUUCCGGCCAUCUGUUUCCUCUCAAGGUAUCAGAAGCUGGAAUCUCUUAGUAUCUCAAGCAUAUGACGAAAUCACUACACGUGAGGAAAUAAAAGCGUUAUUGCCGAUAUAUGAAAACCUCGCCGACAGACUGAUGUCUGCUCACCAGUGGUUCCGGUCGAAAAAACAGUGUUGA